AUGCGCCUGUCCAAGGUACUGGUGGACGGGGGCAGCGGCCUCAACAUCCUCUACAUGGACACCCUAGAAGCCAUGGGAAUCCUGCGAGCCUGCUUGCGGGAAUCCCUCUUCCCCUUCUACGGCAUCCUACCGGGCAUGAAGGCGUACCCGGUCGGCAACAUCGACUUGCCGGUCACGUUCAGCAGCAAAGCCAACUUUCGCACCGAGACCCUCACGUUCGAGCUCAAGCUGCCGGGCCCGAACGGGGUCAUCACGGUGAGUGGCUCCUUCGUGCAGGCCUACGUCAGUAGCCGCGAGUACUUUAACCUCGCCACCACUGCAGCGAACUCGGCUGAGCUCGGCUAG